GUCUUUGAUGUUCAUUGUUUUGACAUUUUCGUGUUUAGGUUUUGUGAGUCUUCAAACUAUCUUUGUUUCCUCCGAGAAAAUAUCAAUAAUUCAGCAAGAAAUCCUACUUAUUUUAUAAACAAUAGGACAAAGCAUCAAAUUCUGCAGCUGUCAUGGACAUUCUAAAAGCAGAGAUUGCGAAAAAGAGGAAAUUGCUAGAGGAGACAAAGCUUCUCGAUGACAAGAGGAAGUACUUCAAAAGGGGUGAAUUGCUGGCGAAAGAGAAGGAAGAGUAUUUCCAGAGGUAUGGGCAGAGAGAGGAGCAAGCAGAGACACAGAGUUCCGGGAAUUGCGUGACAAGUACGGAUGUCACCAGCGAACACUCAAUACUUCCACGUCCGGAAGUCAUUCGGAGGUUGAGGGAGCGCUGUGAACCUAUUCUGCUCUUCGGGGAGACUGAGCAUGAGGCUUUCAGGAGGCUGAGGCAGUGUGAAAUCACGGAACCUGAAAUCAAUCGGGGCUUCCGGAAUGACUUCCAAGAAGCCAUGGAGCAGGUUGAUCAAGCAUACUUGGAUGAAAUUCUCACGUCUCAUGGAGCCGAAAGCAGCAGUUCCAGGGACAAGACAUCAACAGAUGACUUCCAUGUGGACGAUAGCGUCAGCUGGGAGACGAUUCAGGAGAUGGCAAAGCGCCUGGGGAGAGGCAACAAGGAUCACGAUAUGAAUGUCAUCACGACCCUCCUGCAGUAUCUGCUGAAGCUGUGGAACAACAAUCUCAACGAAUGCUCUCCAGCUGAGCGGAUGUCAACGAAAAUGAAGAUUGCCAGGGCAACUUUCACCCAAACCCGUGUCUACAUGAAGCCCCUCUUCCGGAAGCUGAAGAACAAAACCCUCCCAGAAGACAUCCUGGACAGCCUCACGGACAUCGCCAGGGCUGUGCUGGAGCGCAAUUACAUCGCUGCUAGUGAUGCGUAUUUGCAGAUGGCCAUUGGAAAUGCUCCCUGGCCAAUUGGAGUCACCAUGGUAGGCAUUCACGCACGAACAGGACGCGAGAAAAUCUUCAGCAAGAAUGUGGCCCAUGUGCUGAACGAUGAGACGCAGAGGAAGUACAUCCAAGGACUCAAACGCUUGAUGACCAAAUGCCAGGAAUUCUUCCCGACUGAUCCCUCAAGAUGCGUCGAAUAUGUCAGCAAGAAAGAUUUGUGUUAAUAAAUUAUUUCUUUGUGCAA